UGAGAAACAGCUCCACUGCCCUGGCAAGAACCUUGUGGCCAUGGGGACCCAGAGGGGAAGUGGUGACAGGGACGGAAGACCAGACCUCACCAGGCUCACUCAUCUGUGAUGUGAGAAAGAACAAAAGCAAGAGAAAGCUGGUUGAGGGGACAGCUGCUAGCAGCUCCGAUUGGGACCCAGGGCCACAUCUCAGACACCAGGUCACCAGGAUUCCGCAACUCCCAGCAGGUGCGGGGGCUCAGCCACAGAAUCUGGCUCUUGUCGUGAUUGCAGACGGACAGACAGGUGCUGACCUCCUCACCCCGGGCUGGCGGACAAGCCAUCGGGCUCCCCACAUACUUGCAGCUUCGCGUUCACUCAACUCUAAAAUCCCAAGUGGCAACAGGAGUCUACGUCCAUACCACCCUGAACGCACCCGGUCUCGUUUGAUCUCGGAAGCUAAGCAAAGUCGGGCCUGAUGAGGAAACUGAGGAAAAGAAGGGAAGUACUUCAUCCGAGGGCACACAGCUAACACUUUGCUGAGCCAGGACUGGAACUCAGAAUCCUGUGGAUGGCAUUUGACUGUGGCUGCGAAAAAAUAUUCUGUAAAAUUUAAAUUCCAUACAAAUGUUGGUCAGUGCAACUAUCAGUCUGGUUGGAGACAAGACUAACUGAUGCAGAACCAGCUGCAAGACGUGCAGUAAAGACUUCUUGGCAAGUCCAGCAGAACCUGAAGGACUCAUUCCAUGGAGAGAUGCUCGGUGAUGAAGGCAGCCAACGGCUCCAAGAACGGCUCGGAUUUCAACCCCAUGAAGGAUUACAUGAUUCUGAGCAGACAGCAACAGAUCGCUGUCGCGGUGCUGUGCACCCCCCUGGGCCUGCUAAGUGCCCUGGAGAACCUAGCUGUGCUCUACCUGAUCCUGUCCUCCCAGCGGCUCCGCAGGAAGCCCUCAUACCUGUUCAUUAGCAGCUUGGCUGGGGCUGACUUCCUGGCCAGUGUGGUCUUUGCCUGUAACUUUGUGAAUUUCCACGUGUUUCAUGGCGUGGAUUCCAAGGCUGUCUUUCUGCUGAAGAUCGGGAGCGUGACCAUGACCUUUACUGCCUCUGUAGGCAGCCUGCUGCUGACCGCCAUUGACCGCUUCCUCUGUCUGCGCUACCCACCUGCAUACAAAGCCCUAGUCACCCGUGGGAGGGCACUGGUGACCCUGGGCAUCAUGUGGGUCUUCUCAGCACUGGUCUCCUACCUGCCUCUCAUGGGAUGGACUUGCUGUCCCAGCCCCUGCUCUGAGCUUUUCCCUCUGAUCCCCAACGACUAUCUGCUGGGCUGGCUCCUGUUCAUUGCCUUCCUCUUCUCUGGCAUCAUCUACACCUAUGGGCACGUCCUCUGGAAGGCCCAUCAGCAUGUAGCCAGCCUGGCUGAGCACCAGGACAGGCAGGUGCCGGGAAUGGCCCGGGUGAGGCUCGAUGUGAGAUUGGCCAAGACGCUGGGGUUGGUGCUGGCUGUUCUCUUCAUAUGCUGGUUCCCGGCACUAACCCUCAUGGCCUACAGUGUGGCCACCACUCUAAGCAACGAAGUGAAGAAGGUCUUCGCCUUUUGCUCCUUGCUUUGCCUUGUCAACUCCCUGGUCAACCCUAUCAUCUAUGCCCUACGGAGCAGGGAGAUCCGUUCCUCUGCCCACCACUGCCUGGCCCGCUGGAGGAAGCACCUGAGAGGCCAUGGGCUUGAAGGAAAAGAAGACGUCCCAAGGUCCUCAGUCACUGAGACAGAGGCUGAUGUGAAAAUCACCCCAUGGCCAGAUUCUAGGGGGUCUAUCCUCUCUGGUUGCUGAUGAGGCCUGUUUCAGAGUUUUAAACAAGCCAAGUCAGAAAUCAUUUCACUCCCUGGAAGAAAGAGAACAGUCUUCACCCUCUCAUCCCACUGGAACCAGCCCCAGAGGCCUGAACACUUAAACUUCUUUGCUGAUGAGCGUUGGCACCGACCCCUGGAGCGUAGCCUGCUUGUGCCUAUCUGCACACAGUCUGCUGGACAGCUAGGUCCCGUGAGGAGUGGCAAGGCGAGCAGGAGGAAAGACUCCUGGGACAGGCUCAGCACACGUCAGGUCAGGAAAGUCUUCUCAAUAAGAUGGCCCAGUGCCCGCAUUCUCCAGAGACCACGGGACCCAGAGGGAGCCUUCAAGCUCAGCAAUGAGGGGCUCAGAGAAAAUGUGAGAAGAAUGGCUUAUUCUCCUGGGAUCUCAGGGUACAGGUCAAUGGCUGGCCAGCUCUUAUUCCUGCUUAAUUGUCUGGGCCUUUUUGAUUCUGGGUCACCCUUGUUCACUGAGGACCUUUUUAAGUCACCGUACCCCGCUGAGGACCAAGAACUGUGAUGUAAUGAAAACCACAGGUGUUGGUCCACCUCGUUCGGAAGUAACUGACAGCCCUCCACUUAAAGGCGUCUUAUUAGGGCAGUGGCCCUCCUGGACCACUGAGAAUCCCCACUCAUGGCUGCUGUGACCGCUUAGGUCUCUGGGGAAUAUGGCAGCUGGGAUCACUGGAGACACAGGAUCUUCAGAGAAUUUUCUUGACUCCAUGAAGUGCUAUGUGGUGGCACCAUUGGAAGCAGGCUGUGUCCCUGUCUAACUGAACUCCAAGAAGAGGAAGAUAUUCCCAAAGAUUUUAUACAUCCCCCAACCGCUCUCCUUUCAGGCCCUUCUGUCCCCUCCAUACCUCUAAGGACAACUAAGAAACAGAGCAAGUAGGAAGAGGGGGAAGCGCCUUUACUAUGUGCUAAGCACAGGGCUGACAACCCACAGUCCAUUAUCUCCAGCAAGAUUACAGCCCCAGUGCUUUUGAAAAUCCCAGGACACUAUAUUUUACAUAUCAGGGAGGGGCUUAAAACAGGCGGGCAGAUUGCAGGAAUUCUAAUGCAGUUAUUUGGGACUAAAGACAGAAUAAAAGGAAAGAAAUUAUUAAAUACAUCUUCAUUUAAUACUUUAUAAGACGAGGUGUCUGCUAUUCAUUAACUCUUUCACCCAUCUCCUAAAUACAUGCCAGGGUGUGUGCUAGGUCCUGGAUGUUCAUAAAUAACACUCUUCCCCAUCUAAUGGGGUUUACAUUCUCCAUUCUGGUGGGGAGAGAGAGCCAAUAAAUAAAUAAGUGAUUUCAGGUAGUACAAUGAAAAACAUCGUUAGGACCAAGUGAUAGGGAUUAAUUGAGGCAGGAUAGACCUACUAGGUGCUCUUGAGUCUUUACUAUGUGCCAGGCACUGGGCUAAGUGCUAUUUAAAAAAAAAAAAAGGUUUUGUUUAUUCGAUCAUUUGCCUCUCGCAUGUACCCCAACCAGGAACUGAACCUGCAACCCAGGCAUGUGCCUGACCAGGAAUCAAACCAGUGACCUUUCACUUUGUGGGGUAACGUCCAACCCACUGAGCCACACUGGUCAGAGCGUGGGCUAUGUACUUUCAAGUGAGGUAUUUCACUUGGUCUUUACAAUGACCGUCCUCAUUUUACAGACGAGGAAACCACUAAGAGGCAAAAUCACUUGCCUGAGGUCACACUGCUAAUAUGUACCCGAAGCUGGGCUUUCCAAGCCUGUUCUGUCUGACUCUGAAGCCUGCCCUCUUGACCACUACCCUCUUGACCUCCUUCAGUCAAAUUCAAUUUGAUUAGAAGUAAUGUUCAACUUCUGUAACCUUACAUUUACAGAUUGCACCCUGGCUGGUCUGGCUCACUGGGUUGAAUGCCAGCCUGUGAACCAAAGGGUCACUGGUUUAAUUGCCAGUCAGGGCACAUGCCUGGGUUUCGGUCCAGGUCCCCAGGAGGGGAUGUGCCAGAGGCAACCACACAUUGAUGUUUCACUUCCUCUCUUCCUCCCUCCUUUCCCCCCUCUUCAAAAAUAAAUAAAUAAAAUGUUUUUUUAAAGCUUACCAAUUGCUGCAACCUUAAAUCAUCAUUAUUUCUCAAUGUACUUCCUUUUAUGCCCUGUAUUACUUUCCUGCAAUAAUUUUCCAUAAACCGAGUGCCUUAAAACAACAGAAGUUUAUUCUUUCACAGUUCUGAAGACUAGAAGUCUAAAAUCAAGGUGUUGACAGGACCAUGCUCCCUCCAGAGGGUCAAGGGGAGGAUUUUUUCUUGUCUCUGCCAACUUCUGGCAGCUCCUGGUGUUCCUUGGUUUGUGGCAACGUAACUCCGCCCUCUGCCUUAAUCUUCACAUGGCUUCUCCAACCCCUUUGUCUCUUUGGUCUUCUUUUAAGGACACCAAUCACUGGAUUAAGGCACAUCCUAACCCAGUAUGAUCUCAUCUUAAUUAGACAAGUGACAUCUACAAAGACUCUAUUUCCAAAUAAGGCAACAUUCACAUGUUCCAGGUAAACAUGAAGUUCUAGGGGACACUACUGAACCUAGUUGAAAUGGCAUACAUUUUUAAAGGUAAAUUUGUGGUUAUUUAAAUUGGGGGCAUGCAUUUCUUCAUUCAUUGGUGGGUUCUUUUUUCAUUUUAGCAAGGGAAAUUCUCAAAUGCAUGGCAUGAAUUGAUACUCAGUUAAUAUUUCUUUAAUAAAUACAAAAUUGCCCUGGCUGGCGUAGCUCAGUGGAUUGAGCGCGGGCCCGCAAACCAGAGUAUCACGGUUCGAUUCCCAGUCAGGCCACAUGCCUGGGUUGCAGGCCAGUUCCCAGCAGGGGAUGCAUGAGAGGCAACCAACCAUACAUUGAUAUUUCUCUCCCACUCUUUCUCCUUCCCUUCCCCUCUCUCUAUAAAUAAAUAAUUUUUAAAAAUAAAUAAAUAAAUACAAAAUUUACAGCCCUGGCUGGUGUGGUUUAGUGGACUGAGUGCCGGUCUAUGACCAAAAGGUCAUCGGUUCGAUUCCCAGUCAGGGCACAUGCCUGGGUUGCAGGUCAGGUCCCUG